AUGUUGAUAUUUAUAUACUUUUUAUUAUUAUUCUUUGUUUUUGAUCUGCGUCUUGUCUAUUGUUGUUGCAAAGUCUAUGAAUUGGAUAGAGUAUUCAUGUCUACUUCAAUUUAAAUAACAAUGAAGUUUGAAAUGAUGAAAAUACUCGAUUCAUUAAGUAAACGAGUUUUGCGGGUCAUAAUAAAAAAAUAUUUUGGUGAAUACUUUGAAGAUUUUUCUCAACAUGAUUUGAAUAUAAGGUUCCUUGAAGGCAAAGGAUCCUUGGAGAAUGUCCGUCUGAUAGUUCAAGCAUUAAAUGAACUAAGUGCUGAAUACAACUUACCCUUUGAGUUCCUUCAAGGAACCAUAGAUUUAAUUGAAAUUGAUCUCCCAACAAGGCUAAAAUUUUUAGCAUUAAAUACAAUCAUUGAUAUUAAAGGCUUGAAAUUGGUUGUACAGCCAAAAGAACGACCUGAAGAUGUGUCUAUGUUUGAUUCUAUUUGGGGAAGUAUGACUUCUAGCCUGCAAUUAGCUGAAGAAUGUUUGAAUUACAAGGGAGAUGAUGAUUUUGAUAAUUCUGAUUGGUCUGAUGGCAUAGAAAAAAUAGCUGAAACAAUUGAUGCAGGAGAUUACGAUGAUUUUGUUGAUGAUUUCUCUGAAAGUGAAAACAGAUCCAAAAAUAUAUUUAAAGAAGUUCUUGCAAAUUUGAGAAUUAGGAUUCAGGAUUCAUCUCUUAAAAUUUUACAUGCACCAGGAAAUGGAAAGAGUGGUGUAGCAUUAGAAAUAAAAAUAUCUAAUGUUGAAUACUUUGAUGAAGCUGGAGUAAAUGCAGAAUCUGAGAACAGUGCGGAAGCUGACAAAAACUGUUUCGAGCCACAAUCCUAUGCUUUCAAAAAGUUUAUAUUUGAAGGAGUCAGUCUUUUUACUUCAGAAUUUUCAACUCAAGCACGAGGAUUCUCUGCAUCAACAUUUCCUUAUGCAUACGUGAAUCCUAAUGCUUUUGUUCCUGGUUCUCCUGAAAUGCCUCCUCCACAUUGUUCCUUACCAAUGAAAAAGUCUGAAGAACCAGAAAUUCAAGAGGAGCCCAUCUUAAUCUCAAAACUGACUGGACAACAAGAAUUAAGAUUAAAAUUGAAGCAGAAUGAAUCACUUAUUGGACCUAAGGUUGAUGUUGAAUUUAAUUUAGGAGCUUUUAAUUUAUUUCUAAUACCCAAGCAAGUACAUCUUCUCUAUGAUCUGUUAUCAGGUCUACUGCAGCCUAGUUCUACUGAAGAUUGCAGACGAAUGUCAGUAGCAGCAGCCAAUAAACCGAUGAGAGCUGCAGAUUUUGCUCUUGUUGAACAAGAACUUUAUAGGCAACAACAGAAAUGUGAAAUCCCUACUAAAUCACUUAAAAAUCAAGGAUGGUCAUCGCAUUGCAUUGAUGAGUCAGAUGAUGAAAUCAACUUCAUGUCUAUGGAAAGUAAACACUGCAAAGAGUUUGUGGAAAAUGAAAAUGACUCCCUCAGUAGCAGCAUAAGUAGUGACUUUGUUAGAUCGGAUAGUUCAGGAAAUCAAUUUUCCACAAAUUUAAGGAGAAGGAGUCGAAAUAGCUCUACAGUUCAAGCUUUACUUCAAGAUCAAGUUUCGGAGUUGACACAUUUUCAUGGCUGCGUCAGUAGCUGCUGUAUCAUUAUUCUGCAUGAUGAUAGUGUUCAGGAAUCACUUUCUGCAAGUUGUAAAGACUCAGAAGAAUCAGAUACUAAUAAAUCAAUCUCCUUGAAGGAGAGGGCAGAGACAUUUUUUGAUGAUUUGUUAAAAUUCCAAAUGGAUGGAUUUGAUUUCAAAGACUUUAAUGUAUCACGAGAUCCUCUUUCAAAAUUGUGUGAAACCAAUCAUUUGAGAUUAAUGGCAUCAUCUGUAACCAUUGAUGGAAAUGAAAAAUCAUCCUCUAUACAGCGAAUAUUGAAUUUCUCUAUGUCAUUUUUUAAGUGUGAGAUAUUAGAGUCUUUAUUCAACUCAGCAAACAUUGUGAACAAGCCAAAUCAAAAGUCACCUACUUAUGUAGAAAUACUCAAGUGUGAUAAUAGAAUAUCAUCAGAAAAUAAUACGGAAAUGCAACAAGCUGCUUUAAAGUUGAAGUAUCAACAAAUAGAUUAUAUUGCAGAAAAUCGCACCAUGAAACCACCUACUAAUAAAUUGGAACUUCAAUUUGGUCCCAUCACUUGUGAAUUUGAUAUCUCUAUUACAGAUAGAAUACAAACAUUGCUUGGAUUUCAAGGCUCAUUCAGUCAAAAUGAUUCUAAAAAAGAGGAUUGGAAAGAUUCUGAGAUUAUGGCUACUACAAGAAGUGCUCCAAAAACUGACAUAAAUCUUUCCAGUCCUAAUGUAACCAUUAACCUAAGAUUCCCUAUUCCUGAUCUACGAUCUAUUCAUGAUAUAAAUCGUGUUCCUUGGUGGCAGCAAAAUCUGCAUAAGGAAAUCUUAAUUAUGGAAUUGAAAGACGUGACAUUUUGCACUACAUUGGAAAAUGAUAGCUCUAAAGCAAAAUAUGAAGUGCAAUGCAGAGAUUUCCAUGGAUUAUUUCAACUGUCUAGUGAGAGUGAUCCAAUUUCAUUUCUAAGAGUGUCAGUAGACCCUGAAGUUGAUGAAGCUUCAAAGGAAGGAGGAUUUGAUUGGCCUCGACUUGUUAUUCAUAAAAUUUCUGGAUCUUCUGGGGGAGACUUGCAAACAGGAUUUUCUGAGCCAGAGGAAACCUAUAGCUACAGCUUAAGUGAAGUUUUAAUGUCAAAUUUAGAUACAGAAUUGUCACCCUUUUGUGCAACGUCUGUCUUGUAUGGUUCAAAGUUACAAAAAGAUUCAGAGAAUCAAGAAGAAAUUACAAAUUUAUCUUUAGAGCAUGAGGAGGUUAUUAAACCUGCUGACAAAGAAACUACAAACAAGUUUAUUGACAAGAUUAUUAGCAAAUCUGAAUAUUUUCUAGAAUUUUCCUUACCAACAGUGAAUUUAGUUCUGCCAAGCAAAGAUUUUUUUGAACUUAUUUACAAUAGGUUAGGUAAUGAUUUACUCUUAUGGCAAAAGACUUCUAUAAUUCCUUCUGCUCCUUAUGAUCUCAAUGGUUUUAAAGUUCAUGUGCCUGGUUUAGAUCUCAACUCCCAAAUGAUGAUGAAUGAUGUUUUCGAAAAGCCACAAACUUUCAAAUCUUUUCAUAAUGAUUCUGACUCAGAUGAGGAUGACGCUAACUAUUGCUCUGUUCAUGAAUAUUGGCAACGUCAAAAACAUAAACAUAGAGAUGAAGAUUCAAAUCAUCCAUUUACUGCUCUCUCUAUUUCACUUGUAAUUACUAAAGGCAUGCUUACCAUCACUUCACCUAUUCUGGACAAUGCAAAUAAACCAUUGCCAGAUGUUUGUGGUAAAUUACAACUUUAUGUUGAAGACAGUCAAAUAUUUGUUGCUUCAUCUUAUAAAGGAGAUCCAAAUGAAGGCUAUAUUUGUGUAUUAGCUGAUAAAAGCAUAUUAUAUCACAAAGCAAUUGAUAAAAUUUGCUCAAAAGUCCCUGUUGUUGAGCCCUUGUCCAGUUCAAGAAACAGAUUUGAACAAAUAAUAUAUCAGUCAGAGCCCGGGAUGCGCCUUAACUACUAUGACAAUUAUAGUGAUAUGUUGAAAGUUGUUGUUCAUAUUGUAAAUAAUCCUAAACAACUACUGAAAUCUUUUAAAGUGGCUAUUGAUAUAUCAGAUGCUACGCUCCGUCAUUAUACAUAUUCUGUUCCUGAAAUUUGGAUUAACCAGAUGAUAGAGUUUUUGAAAGUUGAUGAUUUUCCUGUAAAUGGUCAUGUUCCUUCAGCAGUAGUUACUGAAUUUCACUUAAACCUCAGUAACUGCUCUAUUGAUUACAGGCCUUUAAAAUUACCAUUAUGGUCGUGCAUUACUAUGGAAAAUUUCAACAUGUCUUGCAAUAUUUCAGCAACUACUCCAUCUUUCUUAUUCAGAAUCAUAUCAGAAGAAUUACGCAUUUUUCUCUCUGCUUCAAUAACAGCUAAAAAAAUUGAUUUGAGAAAAAAUUAUGUCUGUGUUGUUGAUACUGGCUUGAUUGAUGUUUCAUUCAGGACUACUGUUAAUGAGAAAGAUGAACCUAAAUUAGAACUGUGUGCAUCCAAUAAUAUUAUCCAUAUCAGAACGUGUUCGGAUUCAUUUAAAGCUUUAUUAGAUUUAAUCACAUACCUCAGCAUCAAUGGAGAUAUGGAACCUGUUGAACCAGAAGAAGAAAAAGCUCCAAAAAGCUACUCAAGUACUCCUGUUGAUUCGAAAAAUCUAAAUCUUCUUGUUGCAGAGGCCAUGAAAGAUUGUUCAGUAGAUCAAGCAUCAAAUAUGUGUAAUGACAGGAAUAGGAAUUCAACUCAGAUUGACCAAUAUGCAAUGGAUGACGAAUUCGUAAUUUUAGAUGAUGAUCCUGGUUUAGGUCUAGUGCCAAAGAAUGGUGACCCUCAAGUAAGAAUACUGACAGAUGAGCCAAUAACUAUCAUAGAAAAUCAUUUUUCUGUUCCUGCUGGUAAAUCAGAUGUAUUAAAAGCACCCAAGCAUUAUCCCAAGCCAGUUGUUCUUUUGGCUCUGAGGGAACUUUCACUUGUUUGGCAUAUGUAUGGAGGAAAUGAUUUUAAAUUAAAUGGUAAGAAAAGAGAUAAGAAAAAUAAAAAAAGGCAGUCAUCAGGAAUUAAUACUGUUACAUUUGCUGAUGAAAAAAGUGUAAAUAUUACCUCAGAUAAUGAAUCAGUGUCAUUUUGCAAAGUAACUCCAAUGGCCCAAAGUUAUGGUGAUAAGACUGUACUGUUCUCUAUGGAAUACUUGAGCUUAGAUCAAAAAACUGAACCUAAUCUUGAAACAUGGUUACAGAAAGGGGGACAAGAUAGAAAUCAUGACAUUUUGAUGGAACUACAAAUGAAUAAAUUACAAUUCCAGCGAGAAGUUUAUCCAGCUGAAGGAGAACAUGCAUCUCGUUACAUUUUAUUGGUCCAUGAUAUAGAAAUCAGAGAUCGAUUAAAAUCUUCUGAUAUAAACAAGUUUUUGUAUCAGUAUUCUAGUCAAAAAAUUCCCAGACAAUCGCAUGCCAACAUGAUUGAUGUAAAAGCUUUAUACAUUCGACCUGACCCUAAGCGAUCUAGCGAAGAAUGUUCUUUAAAAAUUUCAUGCAAGCCUUUAAGGCUAAAUGUUGAUCAGGAUGCCUUAUUCUUUUUAAUUGGUUUCUUCCGUGACAUAUUUGAAGCAGCUUCAGAUGACAGUUCCGAAGGUGAUUCUGAUGGUGCUGAUGCAAUUACUAAAUCAACAAUUCAAAUUACGGCACAAGCUGCAUCUUCUUCUAGAGCUAAUUCUGUUCCUGAGACAUUUUACAGAUAUUUCUCCUUUUGUCCUGAUGUUUUAAUCCGAAUAGAUUAUCAUGGGAAGCAUGUUCAGAUGGAAGAGGGUGCUUUGAAAGGCUUUUUACUUGGUUUGACACAACUGAAUUCUUCAGAAAUUAAAUUAAAACGUCUCUGUUAUCGACAUGGACUUUUAGGACACCAUAAAGUAUUAGCUUAUGCAACUAAUGAAUGGCAGCAAGAUAUUUUAAAGCAUCAAUUACAGAAUGUUUUGAGUGGUGUUGGACCUAUGAAUUCUGUUGUUCAACUUUUCCAGGGGAUCAAAGAUUUAUUUUAUUUACCUGUUGCACAAUAUCAAAAAGAUGGUCAAAUUGUUAGAGGGAUACAACGUGGGGCUUCCUCGUUUUCCACUUCAACUGCAAUGGCAUUCUUAGACUUAGCAUCAAGACUUGUGCGUGCCAUACAAGUAAGCAUUGCCAAUUUAUUUACUUUACAAAAUGCUUUGAUAUUUAUUUCAAUUUACUAAACCUAUUUUGUUUCU